GGUUGGUACCAUCACAGGUCUUUCUAUUGUGUUCUUAUCAGUUAAUGGGUGACAUAAUUUAUAUGUACGUGAGAAACAGAAAAAAAUGUUUCUACUAAUCUCAAAUGACAUACAAGCAAUAAUCAUGAUCUUUGGUUGUAUGACUGUGUUUUUAGGAAUAUCAACAUACAGGAAAUCAUGCCUGAACUGCGGCAUGAUUUACAGAUACCAGGAGUGGGAGGAGGGUAUCCACAACUUUGAUGACCACAUCAUCCUGUCUCUGCACUUGUGCCUGAUGGUCAGGAAUGCACUACAGACCCAUACAGCUAUCAGUAAAGUGAUAGAAAUUAUAGAGACAACAGAAAAGGUGUCCUUUCCAAACAUGGAAAGAGUUCUGCAGGCAUACCUCCACUUUGAGGCCCUAACCGACCAUGAGUACACGUACAGUUGUGUGUCAUGUGGAAACAACCCAGCAGUUGUUGUUAUGGACCUCCACAGAAAAGGCGUUUUCAAUAUGCCAGUGAGUGACAUCCCAAGCCCACCUGAAGGCUAUGAUGGUAAUGUUGACAUGGACCAUUUCUGGAACACUGUGGCCACAGAAAUGCUCAGUCUGGGAUUAAUUCCAUAUGGACGGAAGAACCCUUUUGUUGUGCCCCCGAGCUAUCAUCACUGGGCCCCCUGGAUUGGCCCACACACCCGGAGGUCAAAUUCUGUGUUGAACACAGAAUUUGAAAAAUUGCAAAGCCCCAAAGCAGAUGGAGAUGAUAACUUUAAUGAUGACGAAAAAAUGAAUGAGGAGCGGCUCACAGAUGAGCUUGUGAACUUGAAGGUGAAUGAGUUGAUGAAAUAUGCCAAAUCCACUUCUUUAUGCUAA